AGUGCUUCACGGUGCCCUGGGAACUGGAGGGAAGCAGGAAAGCAAAGGCAAGAAGCAGCAACAGGCGCACACGCAGGAGGAAAAGAAGUGGGGAAACAUGGAAACUUCCCAGACACACAGCUCGGAGAGCAUGUCGCGGGACCUGUCAGAACUCAUGAAGGAAGCCACCAAGGAGGUGCACGAGCAGGCAGAGAACACGCCGUUCAUGAAGAACUUCCAGAAGGGACAAGUGUCGCUCCAUGAAUUUAAGCUGGUUACUGCCUCCCUGUAUUUCAUCUACUCUGCUCUGGAGGAAGAGAUUGAACACAACAAGAAUAACCCAGUUUAUGCUCCUGUUUAUUUUCCGGCGGAGCUGCACCGGAAARCCGCCUUGGAGAAAGACUUGGAAUACUUCUACGGCAGCAAUUGGAGGGAUGAAAUCCCAUGUCCCGAGGCUACUCAGAAAUACGUAGAGAGACUCCAUUAUGUAGGCAAGAAACAACCAGAGCUCCUGGUGGCCCAUGCCUAUACUCGGUACUUGGGAGACCUGUCUGGGGGGCAGGUGCUGAAGAAGAUUGCCCAAAAGGCCCUGCAGCUGCCCAGCACYGGAGAAGGGCUGGCUUUCUUCACCUUUGAUGGCGUAUCUAAUGCCACCAAGUUCAAACAGCUCUAUCGCUCYCGCAUGAAUGCCCUUGAGAUGGAUGUUGCCACUAAGAGAAGAGUCUUAGAAGAAGCCAAGAAAGCGUUCCUGCUAAAUAUACAAGUAUUUGAAGCACUGCAGSAGCUAGUGUCUAAGGGCCAGGAAAAUGGUCACCCUGUGCAGCUGAAGGCAGAGCUUCGCGCAAGGAACACUAACAAAUCAUAUGAACAUGGUCCAGYGUCUGGGAAAGAAAGAGAGAGCACAAACACAAGGCACACAGAAAUGCUGUCCAACACUCCCCUCAUACGGUGGAUCCUUGCACUCAGCUUCCUGGUCACRACAGUUGCAGUGGGCUUAUUUGCCAUGUGAACAAGCAGGACCUGCACCUUGUUCUAAUGCCUUCCCUUCCUAUGAACUAAUCCGUCUUCCCCAGUCCUUUUGAGAGAAAUUCUCCUUGGCUGGGUGCUGUGAUCUUGGCUCUCUCACUAACAUUAGGAGACUCCCUAGAAAGCAAAAGAGAGUGUUAAGGGGGUUCAGGCAAAAUCUCUCCUGUGCUUGGUGUAAAUUAGGCCACAGACUAAACUUACCACGAGAACAUAAGGGCAGAAAAGACCUAAAAGCAAUGACCAGAAACUCAUUGCUUUAUAGAGUUCCUGCAGAAAUCCUGCAAGGUCAGAAAUGCAUAUUUGAUAUCUUGUCUCACCUCAGAAAUAAAAAGGUCUCUGGAGCUCUGUUUGCUCAAUAUUUUAUAUUGCUAGUUGGAACGGUGAUCACUUUCUGUGGAGCCACAAGGUUCCUCUGGGUUAUAUAUACUGUUUUAUAUGUCACUAGAGGAUUAAAUCUUUUACAAAUCAUUUUUUAAAGCAUAAYAUGGUUGUUGAAGAUACAAUGUUGGUCUUGUAAGAUAAUUUAUACA